AGUGGCACUCCGCCCCUGUCAGUGGGCCAUGGAGAGUGGUGCUGUAGUGUCUGUGUUGUGAGACUGGCUGGGGCGGCGGCCAUGGAGGCCGUGCUGAACGAGCUGGUGUCUGUGGACGACCUGCUGAAGUUUGAAAGGAAAUUUCAGUCUGAGAAGGUAGCAGGCUCCGUGUCCAAGAGCACGCAGUUUGAAUACGCCUGGUGCCUGGUGCGAAGCAAGUACAAUGAUGACAUCCGUAAAGGCAUUGUGCUACUUGAGGAGCUGCUGCCCAAAGGGAGCAAAGAGGAGCAACGGGAUUAUGUCUUCUAUCUGGCUGUGGGGAACUACCGGCUCAAGGAAUAUGAAAAGGCCCUGAAGUAUGUGCGAGGGCUGCUGCAGACAGAGCCCCAGAAUACCCAGGCCAAGGAACUGGAACAUCUCAUUGACAAGGCCAUGAAGAAAGAUGGACUGGUGGGCAUGGCCAUUGUUGGAGGCAUGGCCCUGGGCGUGGCAGGACUAGCUGGACUCAUCGGGCUUGCAGUAUCCAAGUCCAAAUCCUGAAGGCAACUGCACUUCUUCUGCCCAGGGGAUACAGCCUGGCCCAAGCUCACAGGAGACGAAGGGGCCUACCGAGUUUGGGGGCUAGGCAUGAAGGACACUUGAAGAGGGCCCCAUCCUCACUGUCCCUUCCCUCUUCUUCUCCUGCACCCCUGUCACUGUCCUCUAUGGCCUUCAGCCUCGUCUCUCCGGAAACCUGUCCUUUAGCCCCAAAUCGUGUGCUUUGGGAUGAAUGUAAAUAAAAUUGAGCUUUGGCU